AUGCACAUAUUUCUCUUUCUGGCAGCUCUCCUGGCCACUUCCAUCACUUAUGCGGCCCCCAUUCAAUAUGAGAGCAAGAAAAUCUUUGUUAUUUCGCAGAAGCCAACCUUGAUACCGCAUUAUAUGCCCCAGGCCAAGAGUGCAACAAUUCUUGCCAAUGUGACGGAUCCCGAUCUCAGCCGCGACUCCUGCGGCUCGGUCAAGAUGGGAUUUCGUACCCUUUGGACUUGUCGAGACACUGCCAUCCGUGUCCCCGGCACCAACCAGUUUGCAUUCGUCUUUGCCAACACAGCCGGCUGGACCGACAAUCAGCAAGACGAAGCACCCGCUAUUCAACAGGGAGGGCCGGUUGGAGCAGGAUCAGAUGGCAUCAAUAGCAUCCUCCUGAUGAAGGGCCCGCGGCCAACUCUUCCUACGUUCUACCCCUUGGGCCCCAACAUGUGCCCAAACUCUGGGGCAUGUGAUGACGGGACAAGCAGAUGGACAGCAUGGCCAGACUCACCACCAAUGGUCACGGACACGGCUCUCAAUGGAACUGUCACGGCAUAUACUUGGGUGUCCAACAACCAGAUGGUCAGCAGUAGCAUGGAGCAAUUGACACCUCAGCCUUCAACCACCAUGUUCAAGAUGACAUACACGCCCGAUCUCAACCCAGACGUGCUUCCGGCUGUUUCAACUGUGGAUGGUAAUUUCUGGGGAGAGCACGAGAUUGCAUAUGGAACCUAUGGCAACGUUGUCAGGGGGGAGUACGCCUAUCUCUACGGACUACUACACCUGGGAGGUGUCGCUUUAGCAAGGGUUCCCGUCGAUUGUAUCGAGAACAAGAGCCAAUACGAAUACUACGUGGAUGGCAAGUGGACAAGCACCAAGCCCGCCAUCGAUGACCCAGCUGCUGCAGUCCCCAAUGCCGGAACAACAGGACAGGGAACCUUUUACUUCUCGGAUCGGGCCCAGUCAUACGUCUGGAUCGGCCAGGCCAGCAUCAGCGUCUCGGCCGACUUUUACAUCUCGACGGCCCCAAGCCCAGAAGGGCCCUGGACAAGCCCAUAUCUCCUCUACUCGGGGCCCAACGGCGAUGGGGACCUGCCGUCGUACAGCUUGCAAGCGCAUCCUCACAUGCUGCGCGAGUAUGACGACGGCAUCUAUCUGACGUGGACGCAGUACUUCAAGCCCAGCACAUACGCUGCAUAUGUCACCCCGCUUGUGUACGUUUCGUUUGUCUAG